UCAGGAGCACCCAAAGGAGAGGGAAGAAACCAUCCCAAGUGCAGAUGUGUUACAGAGUGGGUGCCAGACCCCGUCAGUGCCCGUCUCUUCCAGAGUCCCGUACCGGGAGAGCGCCUGUGCUCACUUCUUGAGGGAGGGGUGGGAUGGCGCAUGAAGAUCUGCUCCUAAUGCCUAAAUGUCAGUGCUUACACUGCGCACCGAAGCAUGACAUUUCAUAGCGCAGCUCAAAAAAAAUGUGCUGAUAUGAAAUGUUUUAUUUUGGACAUUAUUCCUGCAAAUAUGCAGCGCUCUAAUUUUGUUGAAUUCCUGGCUUGAGCAAUGCUGUGUGGCAGGGGGCCCUGUGGACUAACUGGUCAUUACACAAACAAGUAUUUCCUUUUAUUGAUUUUCUCUUUUAUUCAGUAACCCUUCUUCUUGAGUUAUGUGGUUCAGGAGUACUCAUUUUUUUUUUUUUUCCUUGAUAUUAUUCUUUAAACUGUGAUACUUGCUAUGUGCCCUUUUAUUCACCUCUACUCAAAACAUUGCUUACCUUUUAAAUAUCAUCUCUGGGGAAGUGCUUCUCUACUCCCAAUCAUUACUGUCCCCAGUACGCAAACCUCAUCUCACUUUGCAAUGACUGUUUCAAGGGGUGCUGGUUAGCCCAGAUUUUGUUAACCUAAAUAAGGUAUGGCCAUUGAUUAUUAUGGUAUUGAACCCGAUAAUCUGUAAAAAUAGUGAGUCAUUUAUUAUUUUGUAGACAACCAUCCUUGGAAAAGUGUCAUGCAAAAGGUUUUUAAGCAAAGGUCAAGCUAAAGUAAUGAUUGAGCUGUUCGUGUCAAGCUCAGCUCUCCAUCCCUUGUCAUUGGAUUUAGAGCACCACAAGGCAGGUGAACAGUUCAGAUCGUAACCUUCAGUGUGCAGUAGUUUGUAUAUACAAGCAUUGAAUGGUAUGGGCCAUGAGGUUGGUUAGCUGCUGCCUUUCAAAUUCCUCACUGUUUCGUAUUGGCAGAGUGAAAUAACUACUCGGUUACUUUCAGGUUUUGCUGCUUCACUGCUUGCACUUGUUCCCAGAACUACUGUGCUGAGUGUGUGUUAUCUCAGAGCACUUGAAUGUUGCCAUGAUGAAAAAUGAUUAUUUGUACCAUUUUUUGAUUUAUGAUUGUACCUUAGAAUUGUCUACACUUUUUUGGGGAGCAGUGGCUUCAGUAUAUGUGUUUGGUAAUUAGAGGUGCCCAGUCUCCCAGACGUAGUGGGGGAGGCAGUUUUGUCCCUCUGCUAGUUUACCGAUAGAUGUGCUCCUGUGCCGCUCUGAAAAAUUUUGCUGUCCAGCCUUUUCCUUUACCCAGGGCCUUCUUUGUGCUCACCCACCACAUCAGUUCCUCCCCCUUCAGCCUCAUCUUCCCUCAUGUUCACCCAGUCCCAGGCUGAGGGAGGGCACAGCUGCCGUAGUCUCCGUCUCCCCUUGCUGGGUGUGCCGGGGUGCAGUUACCCUGCGGCCCUUCCCCUCCUUCCCAGACAGAGCGUUUCGAGGAUUUGCGAGGGCGAGGAAGAGAGGAAUUGCAGAGCCAGAGGAGCUAACGAGUCAGGAUUGCUGCUCGUGGGAGGAAGGGUCAGUGGAGCUUUCUGCUGGCUUUUCCUAUUUCCCUGUCCUCUCUUGUGAGACUGAUGUGUGGGGUUGUCAGAGGGUGGCUGCCUGAGCGCAGCUCACACCGGCUGCCUCCGCUCCGCUCGAGGGAACUGGCCGGCAAAGCAGGCAGCUCGUUAGGAGGGACGUUCCCACAGGCAGGACUGAUACUCCUGUGAGGCCCAAGGCUUUUCUGCAUCGCUUCAGCCCCAGCCAAGAAAUGCAAAUAGGGAAAGAAAAGUUCCACAAGUCACAGCACUGGGGCUACUGCAAUAAUGUUGCUAUGCUGCUUGGAGAAGAUAAACCUGGAAUAGGAGGUGAACCUUUACCUGGUCAGAAGCUGAAACCUACCUACAGUGUGUUUCCUGAAGGGAUGGGAAGUGGUGCUCCUGCCUGGGUAGCAUUUGACAAGCAGAUAUUGUCUUUUGAUGCCUAUUUUGAGGAAGAAGUGCCUGACAAAAAUCAAGAGCUAUAUAGAAUCAGACACUGUAAAAUAUACUUCUACCUUGAAGAUGAUACAAUUCAAGUGAUUGAACCCCAAGUGAAAAAUAGCGGCAUAACUCAAGGAACUAUUGUUCGACGGCAUCGGAUUCCACUUCCACCUCCUCAGGAAGAUCAGUUCUAUACUAUACAUCACUUCAAUAUCAACAUAGAAGUAAUCCUUUAUGCCCGAAAAUAUAAGAUUAUAGAUUGUGACCAGUUUACAAAAAAUUUCCUGAGGAAGAUGGGAGUUAGAUUAAAUCCUCCCACAGGUCGUCCAGAUGACCCGUACACCAAAGAGCGGCAAAAGAUUCUGGAUAGUAUGAAGCCAUUGCGCCCUUAUGAGCGCAUUGAUACUUUGAAACAAUUUCUGGAGCAUGAUGGACAUGUUUUACGUUUUUUCUGUGUGUGGGAUGACCCAGAAUCCAUGUUUCAUGACCCACGGGAACUUGUUCUGCACUAUUAUUUGUCUGAUGAUACUAUUGAUAUAAAAGAAAUUAUACCGGUAAACUCAGGCCGGGAUGCAGUUCCACUUUUCCUCAGAAGAGAUAAGCUUCCAAAGUAUGCUCCCACUGGGCUGUAUCAGCCAGGCACAAUCACCAGUCGGACUGUUCUCAAUGUGUUUGGAAAGUUGGUAGGAAACAGAGGCCAUUACAUUCUGGACAAUCGUAAGACAGGAGCAGUGCAUCAGGAAUUUUACAAAGACAGUGACCUGAAAAUAGGGGCAGUAAUUAAUGUUUGGGGAAGGAAGAUAAUACUCUGUGACUGUGAUGAAUUCACUAAAGAAUACUACAGGACAAAGUACGGAAUCGAAGAUUUCUCUCCAGUUCCAUCUAAGGCUUUACCACCUCCAAAACCAGAAAAAGCUUUUCCUCCUUAUACUGGAUUUGGUUCUGAAGAGGAUUCUCUGUGCUCCUGUAUGGGUCUGCUUCCCAAGCCUCCCCAAAAAGAUUUCAAGAAAUUCAUGGAGAAAGACAGAAGUGGCAUGGAAAGUAAUAUACUGCGCUUUCUUGCAAAACUCGUCACAGAUAGUGCUAUUGACAAGGAUCGGAAAUUCAUUAUUUCCUACUUCCUGAGUGAUGACACUAUUUCAGUUUUUGAACAUAUACAGCAAAACACAGGGAUACUUGGUGGAAAGUUCUUGGAAAGAGGUCGCAUUAAGAAGCCUGGGCAGGAGCUUUUUAAGAGUGAGCCAUCUGAAUACUUCAAGGCUCAGAGUCUGUUUGUUGGAGCCAGAGUUUGUUUCCAUGGUCACAACUUUCUUCUGGUGGAUGCCGAUGAGUACACGUUCAACUACAUGGAGAAGCAUGCAAAUGAGUUCUCUGUGGCUGAUAUCAGUUUUAUCCUCAAGAAACUGAAAGACAUAACUGAACUUCGUUCCAGAGAAAUCAGACAGAUGUUUGCAGCCACUGACCCUGAGCAUACCAAGGUGAUUGAGUAUGACCCUUUCAGAGAUUUGAUAGUCAGUAUCACUGAUGGAGAGUUUUCAGAACAUGAAAUUAUGACUCUUGGGCGCCAUUAUGGUGUGAGAGAUCAAUAUGAAAUGGAUCUCCACUUCCUCCUUGCAGUGGCUCAAGAACAACUAAAGAAAAAUAGCUUUGAGAAUUUUGAACAGCUGUCUGCGGUGCUUAUAUACAAUGACCGUGAAAAAUGUGGAGUGCUGCCCCAUGAGACAUGCAGGACUAUUUGCAAGUCCUUUAAGUUGCCACUGGCUGAUGAUGAUCUGCAAGCUUUAUUGACCAUGUUUGAAGAUGACCAUAAGCAAGUGGAAUAUAAAAAGUUUGUGGAUGGGCUGAACUGGAAAAAGAAUCAAAUCCCUGCUUUCCAGACAAUAAAGAUUCCUCUCAAGGAUGAAGAUGACUGGAGCAGACAACCAUCCUUUGCUGUGAAAGGGAUCAAAUACUUACCUCUUCUGGAUGAUCUGUUUGGCAAGGAAGAAUAAUCUGAUCUAUGCAAGGCACUGCUUUUGGAUUAGUGUUUCAGCUCCAAAGCUUACUUAGAUACUGAAAACAUUCCUUGUAAAACAAAAAAAAUCAGAUAUAGGUUUUAUUGAAUUUAAUUUCUUAUUCCAACAUAGAUAUAUACUUUGUGUAUUUUUGUAACUCCUGCUAAAUCAACAGCACUCUUUCAUACUUAUACAAGCAUGAUUAAAUGUGUAUCUAAUCUUUAUGUCUGAUUAUAUGGAGAAGUUACAAGUAUUGAGAAAUCUUUGAGUCAAACAGAGCAAGACCUGGCUGAUCCUGCUUUGUUCUGCAAAAAAAAGGUUGUUGGAUGAUCUCUUAAAAUACUAGAUUAGACUGUUUUAGCACAAUAGGGUAAUUCCAUUCCAAUUUCCUCUCUUUUUCUUUAGCUUUUAUGUCUGUCUUUUUGUUAUAUUCCUGUGGUGAUACUUAAGUACUGUUUGUGUCAAAGUUUGUUAUUUUAUGGAGGAAAUACUAGCAAGGUUUUAGCACAGUAUAAAGUUGCUCUGGUAUCAGAGGUAAUUAUAGCCUUCCAGUGUAGAAGUAAAUAUUUUGCAGGCAUGGCAUGGAAGCUAUCAGUUCUUGCUUUUUGUUCUAAAUGUGACUCAGAUCAGUAGCCGCCCAAGUUUACUUGGGUGAGACAUAUAUGAAUAGAAGGUGUUUCAGAACAAUUUUAGCGUGCAGAGUUCUUGCAGUGGUACUGUACUUGCCCUUUGAAAAUUAAUUGAUGCCCUUCCCUUUGCUCAAAAUUGUGAUGACUAAAUUGAGUUCCUGUUAGCAUUUUCUUUUUUUGCCCACUCAAAGCCGUGAUUAGAUCUGAAUUUACUGCAGGGGUUUGUGAGGGAAGUAAUUACCCCAGUUUAAAGAAUGGAAGAGCUGAGGUGAAGAGAGGGGAGCUGACUCAUCCACCGCUAUUCCAGAGGGGAAGGGGAAGAGGUGUGAGCCAGCACACCUCUGCUGGUGGCUGGGAAACUCACACAUUCAGUAGCAUGAGAACCCUGCUCUUUCUGUAAUCUGCAAUUACAAUUUGGGGAGGGAAGUCUUUCAUUUAGAAGGUUGAGAAUUCAACAUAUUUAAAUCCCCAAACCGAGGGAACGACAGUAGUUCAGAGAAUAACUUAAUUCAGUAAAUCUGUAUCUCUUUGGAAAUGCGAAGUUCCUUUUUAGAAUUAUGAUUCCAUUUAGAAAUAUCUUGCUUCACUUUUGCAUGAUAGCGUAAAUGACAUUUGUAAUUGUAUGUCUUCUCUCUAGCCCCCCUGGCUCCUGAGAAGAAAUUAUUUUCCCUCCAUAUGGCAAAAUAUGAAGCUUUCAUCAUCUUUUUACCUUUUUUUGUCAGCAAAAAAUGACUCGAGGCAAGGCAUAGUUUGUGUGUGUUGCUGCUACUUAGGAAAGCAUUUGCAAUAAAAUGGGUAAAUGAUGGUCUGUGUCCAGGAGGUCAAAAAGAAAACUCUGAAAACCUGUUAAAGUGCUCCAAGUUGUUGACAAGACCAUGCACUGCUUUUUGAUCCAAAAGAAGAAAAUGUUUUCUUGCAUGGCAAGGAAAAUGUCUGACCACAGGGAUAGUGGCAGGAGCCAAAACGAUGAUAACUUGCAUUUGAAGCUGGUUUGAUGAAGGUGAAGAUUUUUAAAACAUGCUGCCAAGAUCGAGCUUGACACUUUAAAUGAAUGCAGUUGCUCUUGUAAGUUUUCAGUGUUCCCCAGACUUCAGAAGGGUAUGUUUGUUGUGGAAAUCUUGUACAGCCAAGGGUUUCCAAGAAAGAUUGAACAUUUAGAAUUUCCCAAGUAGCUUUUGGAGAUGGAAAAUUCACUUCAGUUUGUUUUCCUUUAUGUGUAUAGGACAAAGAGGAACCUCUCUUCAGAAAAAAAAAAAAUUGUACAAAAAGUAUAAUUUCUUAUAAUUUCAUGUGGAACCCUGUGUAUAGGUCUGUUCAAUUAUGGUCUGGUCUGGUCAUGGUCAAGAGAGGUGACUGCAACCUGGAACCAGUGCAGAGAGGAACUAGAAAGGUGACCAAGAGAGUGGUGGUAAGAAAGGAGACAAAAGGCACUUGGCUUAUUUAGUGAAAUAAAAUGAAGUCUCAGAGAGAAUAUGACUUCUCUCUGUAAAUACUUUAUGGCCAGGUAAAGAGAAUAAUCUGUUUCGGUUAGGAACAUUGGUAGUCUAUGAACAAAUGGUUCUAAUUUGCCAUGAAUAAAUUUAAGCUGGACAACAGAAGGUAGUUUCUCACUUCUAAACCUGUCUCAAACAGCCUUCCAAGACUGAAGUACUCAGUUUUAAGGUUGAGGUGGGUCAUCUGAUGACAGUAACUUUAGGGUGUUUAUUAAAUACUCUGCUGAAUUAGUAUUCUCACGUCUCUCCUUUUUUUCCCAUGCAUCUUGCAUAACGCUGACGAGCACAAAAGGAUCUCCUAGGAGCAGGGUAGACAGGGCCUGAAAAAUAUUUUCAGUGCUUGUCACUGUGCUCACAGUGUGUCAUAUGCUGUGGUCUGAUGUGUUAUAAACACUUUUCACCAGGUUUUCUUUUUUACAAGCAGCAGUGCUUCCAGAAGGGAAAGCCCUAGCCAAUGAGCAGUCCAAUAAUACUCUUUGUAUAAUGUGACUUACAGCAUAUGCUGCCCAGAAUAUUUCAACCUCUCCUGUAAUCCUGCCACCAGCUUCUUCUCUCUUUUCACAUUGCUGAUGAGGGGCCUGAAUGAAGACAAUACCACAAGAUUAUGUUUCAAGAUGGCAGGAGGCCACAGCUUUAAAGCAUGCAGCGCAUAAAGGGGAAGGCAGCCCCCACAGUUGCCGUUAAUCUCAGCUCUCGAUCUCUGUAGGGGAGCCAAAGAUAUCUUCUUUCCGCAACUAUCUGUGCUGUCCACGGCAGAAGAGAUUCACAUUACAGUACCGGCUCCCCAUCCCACUGCUGGGGUCUGCUGUGUGUUCGGUGUUAAUUUUUAUUUCCUCAGCUUGGCAUUUGAGAAUAAGAGGCUUCAAGUUCUCUAGAGUAGCUGCUGCUGCUGCUGCGAGCAAAUGGCAGGCUGCGAAUGGCAGAGGACCAUGUACAGGUGGGGCGCUGGCUGGCUCGUGGCCUCGCAUCAUCUUCCCCUCCUGUCCAGGUCAGAGGGCCUGCUCUGGUCACCCGCAGGUGUCCCCCUCGGAUGUGGCAGCCACAAGCAGCCAUAGACAAUCCGCGGACAAAAUUAAAGUGCCUCACCGGGCAGUAUUUUCCUGUGUCCUGCCCAAUUUACAGGCAUCUACUGUAGUUUUCUAGACAGAGCCAUUUGUACCAACAUCAGAAGUUCACCUACAUAAAUGAAAAGAUGUCAAAAUCCUCCUGCAUUUGUGUCCUUCAUGCACUGAUGGGAGUUGAUCCUACUUCGUGGCAGGAAAGAUCUUCAUAGAAAAAGUUUCGGCCCAGUUGACUCCUGUGUUUGCUCUCUCUGUCUUGUCCUUUUAGCCCAGGAGACAUUUCUGCCUCCCAAAGGUGCAGUUUUUGUAGGAAAACUGAGGAGAGCCCAAUUCCACAAUAACCAAAAUAUUGAAUGUUUUCAGUCACAUGACAGCAUUCAGAGAACAGCAGCCCAUAUAUCACUAAUAGUAAUUCACUGGUCUCUUGCUUGUUGGACAUUUCUGUGUGUUCCUAUGAUUUGGGACAUGGAACUCAGAAGAAUUUUCCAGUUUUUAACAUUUUGUAGUCAUAUGUAGGUUAUUCAGUGACAUGAAGGGAAACAUUAGUUCUUUAAGCAAUAAUGUCCUGUACCCUCAGUAACUUAUCUGUUGCAUAUUUACCUACAGCAUUUCUUCCUUUUUGAGGUGGACUGGCCAACAAGCUCCAGUACAAGGAAAAAGACAAAGCAGCAUCAUGUUUGUGAAGAAGUCACAAUAUCAGGAGGAAAAAAUGCAAAAAUCUAGCUUGCUCAGAUUUUUAAAAUUAAUUUUAUGUUUUGGAGGGCCGUAUAGAUAACAUUUGAGAGAAAAGUAUCUUGAAAGAAGACUUUCUAAAGUUACUGUUUGGUCUGAAUUUAUUUCUUCUUGUUGUUUGUUUAGAGUGAUGACUCAGACCCCGUCAGAAGCAGUGGUCAAACAAGGCAGAUAGAGGAGUGCGGGAAGUCUUGUGUCUAAUACACAGUUUCCAAUAUAAAGUUUAAAACCAGUGAGGGAGCAUAACCAUGAUGAGGAAGGAAGUUAAUAUAGAUAUAGUAUAUUGAGUUUAUAGAUUGAAUAUAUAAACUCCUUCCCUGCACAGCUGGUCAUUUCUGAAUCAUCUGGAAGCUUCUUCUGGUAUGUAUUACACACAAAUAAACUAGCUAUCCUUAUCUGCCCUUCAUCCUAGCCAUCUGUCUUCUUUGCUCUCCUCUUUCGUCAGGCUAGUUUCAUAUUAAGAACUAUGAACAAAGAGAAGUAAAGAAUCUGAUUCACAAACUUCUCAGAAAUCUGAUGCAGAUCCCUGGCAAGCAGCAUGGUGGGUUGAUGUGUAACAGCAAAAAUUCGUAGUAUUACCUAACAGUACUUGAGAGAGCUCCCACUUUCAAAGUCAAAUCUGUCAGGAGAAUGGCAUUGUCUUGAAAGACAAGAGGAAGACCUUUCGCAGAGCUGCUGUGGUGCAGGUGGGAUGCAGCCUCCUCUAAACUAGCAGGAGGUUUAUGGGUGAGACUUACGUCCCUUGCCUGCAGAUGUCUGCACCUGCAUUAGCUCUCUGGAUCCCUUCCUCGCCGAUGGAAGUGCAGUGGGCACCUCUGGCAAGUGACUAGCCUACAGGAACGUCUACAGGAGGCCUGUUACCUGUACACUGCUCCUCCCUCUCCGCUGACUGUGAAGGGGUGUAAGAAGACCAGCUAGAUGGGGAUGUUUGCACUGCUGUGGGGUGAGAUGAAUCCCGCCCUUAGGGUCCAUCAGCAUUGCUAGAGGAGCGCUGAGGUCAAAUGUGGUGACCACUUGGCUGCACCCCACCCUUGGCGCAGGUUGCAGCCGUGCUGGAGUGAGAACAGGACGUGUAGGAAGGGCUGAGCUUCAGCCAGCUGGGGGUAGUCUGGGUUGAGCUGGGCAGACCAGGCAGCGGAGACUGUGAGUCCACACUACGUGCUGAGUGUGUGUGUGAUCCCUCUCAUGGGAUAUUUUGGAGCUUAGGCUGAGCAGAGACUUGGCGCCAUGCUUAGCAGGUGGACCUGACUAUGCUCCAUUAGCUUGACUCAGGCUCUGGCCAGUGUCUCUUGGCCAAAUUUCACUCCAGCUAGGUAAACAGGAAAACCUGGCUUGAUACAAAUGGAACUAUGAUUACUCUUGUUAGACCGCUCUGAGAAUCUAAUUUAUCAAAGCAUUUAAGCAUAUGCAUAAGGCCGUCCCUUUUGCACAAAGCCACUCAAGUGUGUGCAUGCGGCUUGCUAAAAUCUGUCAAAUGAAGCACUGGUGGAAAUGCUUUCCUGACAAAGAGGAAUUCUUAAUUUGAGGAAUUUAGGAAUUAAGUCAUUGUAGUAAAAAACCCCACCAUACGAGAAGGUAGCAGUGAAAGGAGGUAAUAUAGAAUUGUCUGGACAUUUUUAUACAGGCUAUAUAUUGUGUGUUGUUAUUGUAGUUCUGCACUAUAAGCUAGCAAUUAGCAAUUAAAUUCCCAUUAUGGGAUCAUGUUGGUAAUUGAGAUAAACUGUAAGUGUGUAACUGUUUUAAACCUUUCUUUUAACUAACCCAAAUACUGUAGUACUUAUAUAAUUUAGAGAUAAUAUGCCCAUUAGUAGAGUUUAUGACUCAAUAAACAGCUCCCACAAGUUCAUAAAAGCCAAAA